AUGAAAGCAUCGGAGCUCCAAGCGGGUCGGGCUGACAGCCUGCGCACUCUCGCGGCUGCGCAGGAGGGCGGUCAGCGCCAAGGACCGUCGUCAGGGCUUGAGGCGCCUCCGAGGACACACACGGAAGCCUUCGACUGCGCGAGCUUGAGAUCUGCUUCAUACACGUCGCGUGCUGGGGGGGUUGCUGGCGUCGUACCUACCCAGCUGCCUCCCACGUCUUCCGGACACCCUGUCUCAAGCGAAUCCGUUCGUGCUUCGUCGGGCUUUGCGUCAGAUGAUGGCUGUGAUGCUCAGCCAUACGUGAAGGGAAUCUGCGGCACUAUUGGGUUUGCUUCCCCUCGCGACCACACCCUUCCUUCCACUUUGCACUUGUCUUUCAUUUCGAAUAACGAUGCUUUGUCUCCGAGGAGCAUGGGUGGACGUACGGACCUCGCAGAGGCCGUGCCCGACGGCUCGCCGCCGUCAUGCUCUCCGCUUCUUUCGUCGCGCAGCGGUCGACGAGGGCGUCAGCUGGCCGAAGCAGCGGCGGACGUUCCAGAAGGGGAGGGGGAGGGACAGAUAGGGAGAGAGACAGCGAGGGAGAGAGCGAGCGAGGGAGUGAUCAGUAGACAGCUGCGAGUUGGCGACAGCGGGACGGAGAGGACGGAAGAAGGAAGACGAGUCGCGAGGGCAGGCGUCGCAUAUCGCGAGAGCGAGGCACAAUGCGAGCCUUUGGCAAGAAAAGAACAAAGCAUCGAGAAGACCGCAACAGCCGACUUUGAUAUGCUGCAAGCAGGCGCAGCUUCUGGCUUCUCGAGCGAUUGCAGGGGCGAAGCGGCGCGAGAGUCGCAGCAAGAGGGAGAGAGUGUUCUUCCGUCUGCAGCAUGCGCCACGGACUUGCGGCGACUCGGCCAGGCUCCCCCACCUCGCUCGGUCUCGCGGGGACUCGAAGCGCCCUCAGCGCAACUGGAACAAGUUCCGGGCGAGGCAAGAGACGGGAAGCCAACGGGUCUCGCCCAGUCUAGCUCGAAGGAAGGCGUUCCUCAAACCAAGGGCUCGCAGCAGCUGUCGCUUCUCCCUGCCUCUUGGUCUGCUCUGGCGGAACAGUGUUGCUUCGGGGACCUUCUGUUUCUGUAUAACCUCCGGCAUAGUUUCGCGGUGCCGCGAGAGAGCCAGCAAGAUGCACACCCUAUGUCUGUCUUCGGUCUGGGGGAAUUCAAGACGGGCGUCUGGGGGAAGGGGGGGCCGGGCGGUCCUGGCGGUGGCGCCAGCGGGGCUGGCCCGUGGGCCGCAGGCGGAGGGAAGAAGAAGGAGAACGCUUCCGCACUUCAGAAAGAACUCCAACAGCAGCACAUGGCGGUUCGGUGGCUGCUCACUGUCACAGGAAAUGGGGCUGUACCCACGUCUUCCACUGCGACGCUCCCACGUCGAAACCGUCUCACAGGAACGUCUCUGGUGUCUACAGCGGCCGGCCCCGUCUCCGACAAGCGCGAUUUGCCCGCGUUGCCGUCCUCGAAACCCCCUUUCUCCCCGGUUUCGCCCGCUUCUGGGUGUGCUGGGGAGCCAGAGGGAAGAGAAGUGGCGUGCGAAGAUCGUCUGACGAAACGAGAAGGGACUCGCGAAAACUCAGGAGAGUCGCUGUCUUCCUCGCGUGUGCGGACAGGGUGGGAGCAGAAGAGCGAACAAGCAGCGAUCCUGGGCGCCGCGGGGCUGCGGAAGUGCCGGUACGUGGGGCUGGAGAACUUGGGUGCGACGUGCUACCUGAACGUGUAUCUGCAGACGCUGUUCAUGAAUGUGCACUUUCGGGACUUCCUCCUUUCGCUUCCCACGCUUCGAGAACUGAAAGACAUGGAGAGACAAAGGCAACUCGCGGAAAACAGCCACGCUUCGUCGCCCGGGGCCUCAGUCAGUCACUCCCACGCGCCUGCCGGGCAUCCGCACGGAGAACCAAAACCGCAGGACAGCGCGAACGCAGGAGAGAAGACACUCGAAGCGGAGAAGACUGACGAGAAAAGAAGUGGCGACGCGGCGGCUCCGGCGGGGGCAGCGCGGCAGGACGACGGCGCAUGUGGAUCGAGGACAGAAGAAAGGUGCACGGCUGAAGAGACAGCGGCUGUGGUGAAGAAAGAGACAGAGGAACCAGAGAAGCGGCUGAUGAAAGGUCUGGACGAGGAGGCGAGGUCCAGCUCUGCCGCGCCAGUGCCGGCGACGUCGACCGACAACCCCGUCAUGGCGGGGGGACUCUGCGCUGCUCCUGACGUUUCUUCGACCGUGUCGCAACCCGUCGUACCCGUAGCCUCGGCGUCUCGGUCGCCGCUGCAUGCGAGUGUUCGCGUCGAGUCGGCCGAGUCGGACAGACGGGCCGCCAGUCGGGCGAGGUGGAGCAACUGGCGGGAGAAAGUCAAGGGUCACGACGUGUGCACCGUGCUGUGCAGCGAACGGUACUCGUUGAUUUCUUCUCUUCAAAUGAUUUUCGCUAAGUUGCAGGAAGGCAUCCAGGCCGCCGUGCGGCCAUCCGUUGUCGCGGACCUUCUCGCAGAGGACUUGUCUUACCAGGAGGACGCGAACGAGCUGCAACACCGUCUGUUUGAGCUACUGGAGAGCGAGCUUGGCGGACGAGAAAGCCCGCUCGACUUCCUCAGGGUUCUCUUUGGCGGGCGGUCGCGGCAGACAGUGCAGUGCAGCCACUGCACGUACAGCGGCAACAAGGAGGAGUAUUUUUUCCAGCUGAACUGCUGCCACAAGAAAUCUCAGCAGUCUGGCAAACAAGAGCCUGACCGAAGCAGUAGGAACUCACCAGAACAAACCGCACCGUCUAGGUAUUCUCUCCUGCCUUCGCCUUCCAGUCCGGGUGAAGAUCCAGCGUCGCCGGAAGCCCGCGAAGGAGGGACGCGCUCGCCGAAGGCCCUCGCGGCUUCCGACUCGCCUGCCUGUGGGCCUGACCCUGCGACUUCUCUCGCCUCUUCUGAGCAGUGGGACUCUGCCCCAUCCUCUCAAGAAGACUGCGCGCGCGCGCCUGCGAGCUUCCCCGUCCAAAUCGACCUCUCUUCGCUCUCCUCGGCCUCGUUUGCCUCGCGACCCGAGCCGUCUGAAAGCAAGCGACGGGGCCGAAGGGGCAAAAAAGGCUCGCAGCGCGGCACUGCAAAUUCUGCGGAGACUGACGCGACGGGAGAGCAAAGUAGGGCGCAGGGCGCUGGCGGAGGAAGGAAGCGAGAGGGACGAGACAGUUGCGGGAAAAAGGGAGACGCGAGCACCGCGGCAGCUCCCGGGACCGGAAGAAAGGUCGUGAGUGCUGAGCAAGGGCGGCGACCGGAGGAGAAAGGCGGAUGGAAGCUCGAGGAAGACAUGGCGCGGCAAUAUCAGCGAACGGAGUGCCUGCGAGGCGAUUCAAAGUACUUCUGUCCGCAGUGUGGCGAGAAGCGAGAGGCAAAGAAACGCAGUCAACUCUCUCUCCUCCCGCCGUAUUUGCAGCUGGUUGUCCUACGCUACAGCAUCGACGUGAAGAAGCAGACGGGCGAGUGGGUGAGGCGGAAGAUCCACGAGGCGCUGGAGAUCCCCCUGGCGAUGGACGUCCGCGGCUGUUGCACCGACGACUGUCAAAUCGGACAUCUGGACGGCUCUGUCUCCUCGUUGAGAGAGGCAUCACGCGCGUCUCACCACUACCAUCUUUUCGGCAUCCUCGAACACCAGGGCGCGUCUGCCACGUCUGGGCACUACACCGCCAUCACAAGAGACUUGCGAGAGCGGCCCGGAAGAGGAAGCAGCACGCCUGCAGGUGAACCGGCCGCAGUCGAAGCUCGAACUAGACCCGUUGCUCCCUCGGAGGCGAAAGCGGCGUCUUGCAGUCCGACUGACGAGGUCACCUUGCCACGGUUUUCUCGCGAGAGCGGCUGGCGAGAGGCGUCACAUCCGGGAGCAGAAGACAGAAGAAGAUCAAAACAAGGGUCGGCUUCUGUCUCGCCCUCGGAGGCCCCAGGUUUCGCUCUUCCGUGUCGAGGACGAGGCGGCGGUGGCGGUGCACAGAGGGCGGGACUGCAUGCAGCAGAAGCUGAGCGAGAGCUGCGAUCACACGAAGAGUGCGGAGCACGCGGAUGGAAGGACGACGGGGCGACUGCUGGCGCAGGAGGCCACAAACAGAAAGAGCUUCUCGGACAUGAACAAGUGACGGCGUCUGCUUGCAAAGUUGACUCCAAGGGACAAGUGGCAAGGAAGUCGGCUCCAUCGGAACGUUCGGAGGCAGGCGCGGAAGCCAGAGAACUUCUCCUCGCUUCCUCCCGCUCUUCACUGUCGCGUCUGGACCCUGAGCCAUCUUUUCUGUCAACCUCGCUCUCACGCGGGGCGAAAGAGUCGAGGAGCAAAGAGGCGCCGGACGAACACCAUUGCGAAAGCCCUUCUCCGCGUGAACGAUGUAUCGCUGACCUUCCUGGCGCCGCGGCGUCGGCCCGCGGACUUGUCGCCGCCUCUGGUGCCCCCUUCUCGACUACGGACAGACACAGAGACACUCCGGUCUCCUUUGCCAAUCCCGUUACUUCUGCGUAUUCGUCGUUCCCUCUCUUUAGUGGUGCCUCGGAUGGAUCUAGCGCGGCUUUGCAUGAGCGGAAGAUGGCGGUGCCCCUUGUGGUAGAUGUGGAUGCGCCUUCGCCAUCUGCAGUAUUGUCAGUGGGCUCUUCCUCUGGCAAUCCUUCUUCUUCUUCUCCCUACCCUUCCUUGGCAUCUCGCUUUUGUUCGUUUUCCCAGCUGUCCAUUUCAAUCGAACGACGAGCCGACACAGAUGCUGUGAAAUCGCUCUCAGGAGCCCUGGCGGCAGGUGGUGCCUGGCCCGCUGAGACGCCGGGAGCGCCUGCGUCCGGGCCACUGCUAAACUCCGAAAGCUGCUCCGCCCUAUCUCCUGCUUCCUUGUCGUCGUUUCCGCCGUCCAAGCCUCAUUCCGCUUCCGUUGAUGGUUCUACGGCAUCCCAUAGCUUCACACUUUGUGUGGAAUCGCAGACGGGAGAGAGGACAGCGCACGAAGACGACUACCUAGAGGUUUGUGGAGAGACGUUUUCGCGGACUCUCCAGUUGGGAAAGAGUCGCGGGAGGACCAACAUGGAGGAUGCCGAUGCUUGCUCUCGGUCGCCUCGUUCUGUGAAGCAGAAGGAUCUUUUCUCACUCGAGUUUCAGUCCCCCCGAUCGCGUCAAGCCGCCCUGGGGCGUCUCUCCCGUUGGACGGAGCGGAAGACGGUCGAAGGGGCAGAGAGCUGCCGAGGCGACAGGAGACGGGGCGAAGGGUCGGAGACACAAAAAGGUUCCUGCGGCCCGAAGAAGAAAGAGAACCCCUCGUUUACUCAAAGAACGCUCGACCAAUAUGUCGGGCGGACACGGGCCCAAGCGAAGGGUCGAGAAACAGGCUGUAGAGGGACGAAAGGGGGCACUUCGGCAUGCGUUUCCAGCGCGUCGCCGCCUCGCCUUGCGCCUGCAUCUCCGGCGUGUCCCGCCGCUUCAUGUUCUGGCGAGUCGCCCCAAAGGAAGCGGAGAAAGCGAGCGGAGCCCGCAGAUGGGACAGCGGGGCCGCUGCAGAAGCCGAUUGGACGCGAUGGAGCGCAGAUCGCCCGCGGGCGACGCAGGGAGAAGAAAGAUAAAUCUGACGGCGAAAACAGUGUCUCGCUUCUCGCGCUGGAAACACCGGAGGACCAAGAAGACGAGGUCGAAGUCGAGGAGUUUGUGAUUCUUGCUGCGCCGCCCCAGGACGAGAGCGCAACCCCGUGCCGUUCGACGGUGUCCGGGAGGCACGAGAACAGGCUCCCGCGUUUCUCGGAGAUUGACGGCUUCUGUGCGACGAAGGAGAACGAGGAAGCAAAGAAAGUGCUGGACGAGGAAUUGAUGGCGCGAAGUCUAGCCAUAGACGAAGAUCUCGAAGAAGACCUCCCCGAAGUGAUUCUCGAGGCCAGUCUGUCGGCGGACAAGAAGAAAGCUUCGCCUGAACGUGCCGAGAGCAGUGAAGACCAAGACUACAAGCAGAGCAACUCUGAUGUCGUGGAAACGAAGAAGCCUCGCGCGGCGGCAGCGCGGUGGUCCUGGGUGCGCUUCGACGACAGCGAAGUGUCUCCUUUCUCGCUUCCGCGCCUGAGCUCACCAGGGCCUGAUUCGUCUGCGCCGCGUCCAGCUUCUGACGCCUCGCCUCGCCACCAAACGCCUCCACGGGGUUCGCUUUCCUCGGCGUUUGCCUCCCCUUCGAGUGGGGCUGCUGCCACGCCUUCCGCCGCUUCUCUUCCCGCCGAGGAAGGAGACCGUCGCCAGGCGACUCCCGACGCAGCGCGAAUGGACGCUGCCAGCGGGCUCCCGUCCGGUCGCGCGGCGUCUCCGGGCGACUCGCCCCGGCUCCACAGUCGCACCGUCUACAUGGUCACGUACAUCAGAGCGGACCUCACUGCAGAAGAGACAGACUUACCGCUGCCUCGCGAGUUGCAGGACUUCGUCGACGAAGAGAAUGAGCGGAUCUGCGAGGAGCAAGAAGACCUGUGCAUGCGACAGCAGACCCUGUUGGCGUACGUCCAGCAACGACAGGCCUCGCUGCACCAACUUCUCCGUCACGCUCUGCCGUCAGCGUUGAAGGAUCUGGAGCAGCAGAGACAGGAGCGGGUUCAGAAGGAGGCGUACCACGGGCAGUUGGCUCGGUCUCGGCUUCCGCCUCCGGCGUGUGAGAGAAAUCUGGUGAAUCUCCAGCAGCGGCUGUCUUUGUUGCCUCAGCUCCGACAGCUGUCCUUCAUUCCGCGGUCGUGGUGGCAACAGUUCAUUCGCGGCAUCGACUUCCCGACGAUGUCGACGUCUCUGCCGCCUGCGCUCCUUCCGAGACGAGACAGCAACAACCCAAACGCCAUCUGCGUGACUCCGCUCAGCAAGGCCGACGAAGGCGGCAACGGAUCGACCAAAAAGAGAGGAAAAAGCCGCCCAGUGCAGAGCGGCGCAGCGAACAGCGUCCGAAGAAGGGCCGAGGACGCGGGUUCGGACGGGGACCGACGACGAUCCCCGCUUCAGCCGGACGCGACACGUGAAGACAGUGAGCACGACGGAAGAGCAGAGGCUGGCGUGAGGAAGGGAACGGCGGAAGAGGACACGCGAGACUCGGACAGAGAUGAGAGUAUAGACGAAGAGGAGGCGCACGGAAGCAGGCCAAGAGGCAGCCGGAUCGUUACGGACGAGGAGGCGCCGACAACCAGACAACGGGAGCAACAAAAACGCGGGACCAACACAUCAGGCGGUGAAGAGGCACUGCACAGCAGACCUGCGAAUCCACAGACAGACGCGGAAUUGUCUCGUGCUCCAACUGCUUCUGCCGUCGAGGGAGAAAGCACGGGCGCGGGAACGAGCGGAGACACCCGCGGCGACGGCUCCUCGCUGGCCUCUCGUCCCGGCAUCAACACCGAAGAAAAGGGCGUUAUCGACUACUCGGGCAUCCUGUGUCCCCACUACAGCAAAGCGCUGGCGCCUUCCGCUUCGUGCUGGCUUGCCUCAUCAGGCGUGUGCCCUGAGGUAAACUCUUCUUCUGUCUUGCCUUCGUCCGCUGCUGAGACGACAACCGAGGCCGAUCUGCCAGGCGGCGUGAGCACGCCUUCGCCGUCCACGCCUUCGCCUGUAUCUUGUUUUCCGGAAGAGACCCAGCAGCCGUGUACCUCCGGCUCUGGGAGCGAACUGGAUGAAGAGAGGCUGCUCGCGGAACCGUCGUACCCAAUCGAGAAGCUCUUGAGGGUCGCGGAUAUCUGCGGCGAGCGGGGAGUUGAUCCUCUCUCGAUAUGGACAGGGGAGGCGAAGGUGAUUCCCAGUGAGCUCCUUUCGUCCCUUCUUGCUGCCUCCUCGCUUCGGCCGUCCAUCCCGGAUCCGUCGUUGCUGCCGAAUCUCUGCUGCAUUUGCAGUGCGGCUCUCAGCGGCCUCGUCGACUUCUUCUCUGAGCAACAUCGGUCCAUUGAAGCUUUCCUCGGUGCUCUAAAGAAUCAAAAGACGAUUCUGACAUGCGAGGAGCCGCCCCUCGCCGCGCUGACGUCUCCACCGGCCACGGCCCCGAAACCGAGCGCGAGGCGAUCCAGGUUGCCAGACGAAGCGAGCGCCUCGGCUGGCCCCAACAGAGACACAGAGGUGUUCGAAUCGAGCCGCCCAGAUGUCAUUGAGGUCGUUGACGCGCACGACGAAGACCUCUCGCCUCUGCGUUCUGAGGCGCCUCGGGAAACGGAAAAAAACGCGCAGCAGGCCACGCGUGCAGAGAGUCGCCCCCGCGCCGAGGAGCCUUCUGACGGUUUGUGCUUGCCGUCUCCGUCCCUUCCCACUUCUGCCUCGGCUCCCGCCACAGGCGAGCACCGAGGCGAGGGAGAGGAGACGGAAGCAGGUGGCGACGGAUCGGGUCGUUGCGGUGCUGGUCCCUCUGACUCAACCUCAGCGGCGCCGACCUCAUCCGCUUCUUCUAACUCCUCUUCCGUGCCCCGUCCCUUUGCACACGCGGGAGCGGAUCGACAAGCCUCAGCUUCUUUUCCCAAGGACAGGCCGGACCAGGACGAGAUGGACCGUCGCAUCCAGCCGACAGAGGCCGGUGGGCCGUUGCCGCCUCGGUGGAUGACCGAGCAGACUCCUGAUGGCGUUGCGCCUCCCGCUGGCCCCAGUGCUGCGGUGGCUUGUGUCCCUUCUUCGCCACGGGCCUUCGCCUCGCCGCUGCAUCUGUCGUCCUCCGACGAUAGGGCGAGCCUUCCGGAGUUCAUUUUUGUCUCUCGCCGGCCUCUUCAGAGGGCGUUCGCGCUGCACGCCUGCUUCCUCACGCUCUGCACGCUUCCCACGGCGUCGUCCCCCGCGUCGGUCCCUUUCUCGGCGUUGUUGCCGUCUUCGUCGACGCUGCAGUCGCGCGAGUUGAAGGUGUUGAGGGCCAAGAUGAAGCGCGAAGGCAAAGACAGCAGGGAGAGAUAUCUUUCCUGGCUCACCCUCAGCGACGUGCGCCGAGAAGUGACGCUCGCGCGAAAGAUGCUCCACGGCGCCGACUCCGAGCUGGGCGGCGGGCAGUCGCAGAAGACGGACGACGCGGAAAAGGAAGGAGGUUCCGACAGGUCCGACCAGGUGCCCGAGGAGGCGGACGGAAGCGAGGGCGAGAGGGCGAACGGUGGAAGCAAGAAGAGAAGGAAGAUGCUGGCGGAUGAAGAAGACCUGGCUGAAGCUGACGAGGACGAAGGCGUGGAAGAAAUCGACGUGGAUGACGAAGGGGACGAGCCGGCGCCGGGGGCGUUGCACGCAGAAAGCGAGGGAAAAGACGCGAAGCGGAAGAGAGAGGCAUGCGAACGGAAGCCCAUGUCUCCGGCCUCUGGGUCGAGGAACAAGGCUCCAGGGCGCGGGAAGCGGUCGGCGAGCCGGACCUACCGCGGACUGGAAACGCCGGGACAGAACGGAGAGCAAGCAGACGAAGACACCGAGGAGGGACAAGGAGACAGUCAGGAUGCGCUCGCCAGUCGUGACAAUGUCUUCGACUUCGCCGCAGAUCUCCUCUGCUGCCACCAAAACUUGCGGGUUCAAGGACCCGUUGGAAAGAGCAGCAAGCUUCAGCGCUUUCUGGUGCCGACCACGGCGAUUUUGAAUUUCCUUGAUUUUGAAAGAGAGAAGGCACCACUCUACGAGGCUCUGGGAAUUGCGAAGCCGCUCGUCUUUGCCUGUUCGACCUUCGUCAGCCAAUACUCCCGGGAGUGCUCGGUUUGCCUCCUGGAGCAACAGGCUGAGCAGCAGCGGAGACAAAUCUGGCGGGACAAACGGAACGAGGAAUACAAAGCGCUGGGGCCGAUCAUUGGGAAACGGUGGCGGCUGAGGAAGGAGACGGGUCCUUCGUCAAGCAGACUGGCGAGCCCCCUGCCGAAGAAGGGCCGGUUCUUCUUCGUCAGCACACUCUGGCGUCAACAGUGGCUUUCCUACGUUGCUUCGGGUUGCGAGACACAGGGCGCAGCCAGCAAGCCGCCGCCGUUGGAUAAUUCCUCCCUGCUUUGCAACUGCGCAAAGCGCGGCCUGAAGGUUGAUCCUUCGGACACACUUCUUUCGCCAGCCUUCUUGGCUGAUCCUCCGGAGAGUGAAACGGACACCUACAUCCUCAUUCACGAAGACGACAUUGACUUGUUGCAGCGGUUCGGUCUGACCGGAUUCAAGACAGCAGAGAACCUGGCAAUGUGUGUGGAGGUCAAGCACAUCCCCGGCGAGAUUGCAAGCUCCCUGCUGUCUUCGGCGUCUGCACGGUCGCCUUGGUCGUGUUCUGGCGGCGCCGUCCCUGCGUUUUUCUUCCCCGCUCUCUCUCCGUGCUCUGCAUGCGUCCGCGCACACCGCGUCGAGCAGGGAUUCUAUGACUUCCCGCCGGUCGACCUCUCUUUUCACCUUCGUCAGAACGCAUCGAGUGAAACCGCGGAGGCGAAAACAGGAAAGGAUCAAACGCGCGAGGCAGGCAGAGACGGGGGGGGAAAAGGCGGACGACGACCAGCGAGCAGUCGGGUCUCCGGUCAGAAGAAAGUCACCGUCCGUGUCAGUGGCGAAACAGAGAUCGCGUCUCUUCUGGCCCAUGCCGUAGCGAGCAUGCCUGAAGCAGAGGAGACGAAAGAAGUGACGGUGUACCUGGAAGGACCUCCUCGACAUGUCUUCUACUUCACUCCAGAUUCUUCGUGUCGCUCCUGGACCAGCUGGAAGUCGCCUCUCAGUUCUUCGCCUCCGCCGGCUCCCCUGGACCCGUCGGCAUCUCCAUCUGCCAGCGAGUCGCUCGCGCCUCAGGCUCCGCCUCUGCGUGGCGCCUCGUCUACCUCUCCGUCUUCGUCUUCCGUAUCCUGCUCUCCAGCUUUCUGUGUCUCGCCGGCGGUCCCCGUCUCUCCUUUCUCCGUUCCGUUUGCGUCUCUAGCACAUCCAGAUGCUGUCUCUGUGGAUCAAGAGGUUCCGUCCGCUGCCUCUCCUCCCUCCCAUCCUAACGCCAUACCGCAUGCACAUACUGCCCCAUCUUGUAGUUCUCCUGGAGAAAACGGGAGAGAUAUACAUCUCCCAGCUGGUGUCUCCGUUUCCCUUUCUCCACUGGAGGACCGUCGCAGGACAGACGGGGACGCAGGUAGUGCGCCCAUUGGCCUGUCGCCGUCCGCGGGGAGACUGCAGAGGCGUCUCGAAGGACCCGAAGCUCGGGACGCGUCCUCCCCGGAGCCUCGUGACAACGCCGGAAGCGAAAACGAAGGGGCCGUAGGACGAGACCAACAAGCAGAGAGCGAAGCCGGAAGGUCCACGCUUCCUCUAGUUUCCUCCGAGGACGAGGAGAUAGGGAAGGACGUGAAUGGCGCUGUGUCGCGCACACCCCCAGGUCCGGUGGAAGGAACAAACCACGGGCGAGGGCACGGAGAGAUCGCCCUGCGCGCUGUCUCUCUUCCUCACCUCUCCUGUCUCUCGCUCGAGGUCGAGACAAAGACGUAUCUGCGCGAUCUUCUCCUGCACGUCACUGACGCGUGGAAAGUUGCCUACGAGUUCCGGGACAGAGAGGCGCACGCGGAGGAGCGCGAGAAGCUGGAGAGGACGGAAGCAGAGACGGAGGAGACGGAGACCGAGGCCGUCGCCUCCAUCGACCUCCAGGAGGCUGUUCUGGAGAGCGAUGGGGCGGCGAGUCGAGGGCAGCCUGAUCGCGACGCAGAGAAAGUCUUGGAGAUCCCCGAUUCCGAAAAAGAAGACGGUGACGGUGAAUCUCCGGGCAUGUUGUCGCAGGCCGACGCCUUGGUUGAGUCUCAAGAGACGCCGAAAGGUGACGAGACGCAGGCACGAUCCCUGCCACCACUGUCAGGAGAAUCGCUUGCCAGAAACAAACGCGAGCGGCCAGAGAACGAGCCUGUUGACGUCCUCUCGGACGACGACGAACAGGAAGAGGCAACCCAAGCGAACCAGAGGAGGGGACGCCGUGGGACAACCCGCCCGUUGCCGCCUGUAGAUUCGAACCAGAGGUAG